UGAAAGAAAAAGAAAAAAAAAAGAAAAAAAAAGACCCUUUUUUUUUUUGUACAAUAUUAUUCUUUCCUUAUUAAAUGUAUAUGCCAUGUGAGUUGCCCAAAAUCAUUUAAUACUUGCCGAAAAUCAUUUAAUACUUAAAAUAUUUAUGAAUUUUAGAAUCUUUUUCAGUAUAGAAGCACAAGCUUCUUGAAGCUCUAUCACAAUCUCUCUCCCUUACUAAUAUACUCUCAAAAACCCAAAUAUAAUUUCAGACCAAUCCAUUAUCUCUGUUUCUCUCCCCCUGUUUCUCUCUGUUUUCCUCUGUUUUCUCCUCUGUUUUCUCGCUGCAAUGAAGGCCAAGCAGAAGCAAGAAAAUCUUCCACCUUCAUAUCCCAAUACCUUGAAUAGUCCGGUUCAUCUCCAGAGACUAAUCUCUCAGUUUCUCAUCUUUGGGUUUGGUUUGGCAAUUGGAAUCACUCUCAGUUUCUAUCUUAAAGAAUUUUCAUUCCAUUUCCAAUUCCGGAAUCCUACACCUUUUCCAUCGAAACCAUUAACUCCUCCUCCUCCUCCUCCUCCUUCUUUUUCUUCACCAUCAAUACAAUCUUCUUUUUCAAACCAAACAGAAAUUCCCCAUCGAAUAGGAUUAAGCGAAUACUUGAAACCGCCUACGAAUGUCAUGCAUGAUAUGAACGAUGAAGAGCUUCUAUGGAGGGCUUCAAUGGCUCCAAAAGUAAAAGAAGUUCCUUUCAAACGGAUACCAAAGAUUGCUUUCAUGUUCUUGACAAGAGGCUCUGUGGCUAUGGCUCCUCUUUGGGAGAUGUUCUUUAAAGGGCAUGAAGGACUUUACUCUAUUUAUGUGCAUUCCAAUCCUUCUUUCAAUGAAACAGUUCCUGAAAGUUCUGUUUUCCAUGGCAGAAGGAUCCCUAGUAAGGAUGUGAGGUGGGGGCAACCAAACAUGAUGGAAGCAGAGAGAAGACUAUUAGCCAAUGCUCUGCUUGACUUCUCUAACCAACGUUUUGUUCUUCUCUCCGAAUCCUGCAUUCCCUUAUUCAAUUUCUCCACUAUAUACAACUAUCUCAUUGGCUCAAGCAAAAGUUUUGUGGAGGCCUACGACUUACAAGGGCCUGUAGGUCGAGGCCGUUACACCCCCCGAAUGAGGCCUCAUAUAAAGCUCGAUCAGUGGCGAAAGGGAUCACAAUGGUUCGAGAUGGACCGUGACCUCGCCUUGGAGGUGGUGGCCGACCGGAAAUAUUUUCCACUGUUUGGGAGUUACUGUAAGCCCUCAUGCUAUUCAGAUGAACAUUAUUUGCCCACAUUUGUGAGCAUGAAAUUUGGGUGGAAAAAUUCAAAUAGGAGUUUGACUUGGGUUGACUGGUCAAAGGGUGGAGCUCAUCCAGCCAGGUUUAUGAGAAAUGAUGUGACAAUUGAAUUUUUGGAGAGGCUGAGGCAUGGAACCAAAUGUGAGUACAAUGGAAUAAGUACCAAUAUUUGCCAUUUAUUUGCAAGGAAAUUCUUGCCCAAUGCUCUGGACAGAUUAUUGAGGUUUGCUCCAAAAAUUAUGCAAUUCAAUUGAAUUCCAUAUAAUAGGUGGUAUGAAUUGGUAGUAGGUUUUUGUUUUACCAUUCAUUUAUUUUGUACACUAAAUUUAUUGCCAAAAAAAAAAAAAAAGUUUGCCUUCUUGUUGUUCAUUUAUAACUAAAUUUUAUUUUUACACAAAGUUUUACAUGUUAAUUGGUUCAUUAUUGUAUUCCAUUCGUAAUUUAUAGAAAUCAAAAAGUAACUUCUUUUUUUUUU